GUUAGCGAUCGGUUAGCGGAGGUUCAUCCGACCGAAGCCGUAGGCCCCUUAGGCCACCCAACGCAGGCAAUUUAAGAAGCGAUCAUUCCAUUCUUUUGUCUUUUGCUCUUCGUUUUCCUGGCUGCGGAUGUGAUUGUCUUAGAACGGCGUCUUCACCAUUUUUGGAAUCAACACCGUGCAAUUAUGCGUGCUUGGUCCUUGUUUGGCGCCCUAGUCGCGGCUGGCGGGAUAGCUCUCGUGAAUGCCGAUGUGAUUGAAUCACCGAAUUUCAAUGUCACUGAGGGACUUGAGCAGCUUGGUGUAGACGUGUCGAGCAUUCCUGCAUUGAAGUCAUUCAGUGGCAUCCAAGCACGGUCAACUGAAGGCGCAUGUGCUGCGGCGUGCGGCAGCUUGAAGUUUCUUUUCGGAUCUCAAAAACUGAACACACAAAACACGACACACUACAACAAUUUCACCAAUUCCUUCUGGUCCGAGCAGCAGGAGGAAGUUCAGCCCUACUGUGUCUUCCGGCCCUCGGUGAACACACAAGUUAGCAUAGCCGUUCUCCUGUCUCGCUUGACAGGCUGCCCGUUUGCCGCCAGAAGUGGUGGCCAUGCGGCGUUUUCGGGAGCUUCAAGCAGUGCUGGAGGAAUCAGCAUUUGGUUCAAGGAUAUGAAUGCGGUCACGCUCAAUGGAGAUAAGUCGAUCGCUUCAAUCGAGCCUGGUAACAACUGGCUGUCAGUAUACUCAGCAUUGGAACCGUACGGACUAGCCACUAUUGGUGGUCGCGCUUCUAGCAUCGGUGUCGGUGGCUUUGUGUUGGGCGGCGGAAUCUCCUACCAUUCCAAUUUGUAUGGUUGGGCCCUUGAUAAUGUCCAGAGCUUUGAGGUUGUCACUGCCACGGGUAUCAUCGUCACGGCAAGUGAGAGUGUCUUGCCUGACUUAUACUGGGCCCUUCGUGGUGGUGGAAACAACUUUGGCCUGGUCACCAAGUACAAUCUCUACACCAUUCCGUGCCCAAAGAUGCGUGGAGGUGCCAGAAUCUUUACCGAGAACUACUUUACCGAGGUUGUCAACGCGUUCAUCAACGUCGUGAACAACGCCACAGUAGACGGCAAGGCUCAACAAUACGUGGCAUUCCUCCAAAGCCAAGGCACAAAUCUCGCCACGGCUGAGCUCACAUAUGUUGAGGAUGUUGCCGACCCGGUGAUCUUCCAGCAGUACCGAAGCAUCCCUGCGAUCGCAGAUUCUACCAGCUCCAAAACACUUGUCGAAUACGUCAAGUACCUUGAAGCCGAUAAUCCGUUCGGAUACCGCGAGGUGUACUGGCCCAUUGCCGUGCAGCUCAACGAGGAGUUCAGCAACUGGGUCGUGGAUCUGUUCAUUUCAUUGAUCCCUCAGGUGAUAAACCUCAAGGGUGCUAACCCCGUGAUUAUCUAUCAAGGUAUCACCAUUCCAAUGCUGAAGAAUAUGACCAAUUAUGGCGGUAAUGCUCUAGGACUCGAUGCUUCUAAGGGCCCCGUCCAUCUCAUGCAUGUUGCUUUCUGGUGGGAUGAUCAAUCCGACGAUGACACAGUCUACGAGUGGAUUCACAGUUUCUUGACCCAAGUCAUCGCAAAGGCCGAGGACAUGGGUAUUUACAACGAAUACAUCUACAUGAACUACGCAAGCAUGUUCCAAGACCCGAUUGCAGGUUACGGAGAGGCCAACAAAGAGCGCCUACGGAAGAUUGCCAGUAUCUAUGACCCCAGUGGAGUCUACCAGACUCUUCAGCCCGGAUACUUCAAGCUGAGCGGAUCACCAGUGACCUACUCUCUAUAGAGACUUUCAGAUGACAGUGGUGAUGUAUUUUGUAUAUCGAGUCCUAGACUACACUCUCUUGUUUUAAAUUAAUACUGUGUGGCAACGAUGAAUAUCGUGGUCGCGUACCACCAUUGCCACUUCCUCCACCAUCUCUUUGCCUAUGGUCUUCACCUUGGGAGAGUGAUUCAAAUCCUGGGUGUUCUAGAUGGGCUGAUCCAAACUAUUCCGGUUCUGGC